UAAGGAAGACAGUGACCUACUUCCCGUGAGCCUCUGUUCCCUGAGCCGGCAGCGACGCCUGCUCCCUUCCCAAGAACUCUCGCGCGCAGCUCCGCUCUGCGGACACCAGGACUCCAAGAUGGCGUCGCUCGUACCACUGAAGGAGAAGAAACUCAUGGAAGUUAAACUGGGAGAGCUGCCAAGCUGGAUACUGAUGCGGGAUUUCACCCCCAAAGGCAUUGCCGGAGCAUUUCAAAGAGGUUAUGACCGGUACUACAACAAGUACAUCAAUGUGAGGAAAGGGAGCAUCUCCGGUGUCAACAUGAUCCUGGCGGCCUAUGUGCUCUUCAGCUACUGCAUUUCUUACAAGGAACUCAAACAUGAGCGACUGCGCAAGUACCACUGAAGAGGGGCUGGUGUGGAAUGCGGUGCACUCCUGGACAUGACCACCUGCCUAGCUCCCAUCAAUGAAGAGUCCAACCAAGGCUGGAUCUUCCUAUAUCCUGAGAACUAAUGUCCAAUAAAAGCGACUGGUUCUUGUUCUCUU